AUGUCUUCUCAACCCAUCCCGGAAACCCAAAAGGCAAUCGUUUUUUAUGAAACAGAUGGUAAGCUGGAAUACAAGGACGUUGCAGUCCCAGAGCCUAAGGCCAAUGAAAUUCUAGUUCACGUCAAGUACUCCGGUGUUUGUCAUAGCGAUUUACACGCAUGGCACGGCGAUUGGCCAUUCCAAUUGAAAUUUCCAUUGAUUGGUGGGCAUGAGGGUGCGGGUGUUGUUGUUAAGCUGGGCUCCAACGUCAAGGGCUGGAAAGUCGGUGAUUUGGCUGGUAUCAAAUGGUUAAAUGGUACGUGUAUGUCCUGUGAAUAUUGUGAAGUUGGUAACGAAUCUCAAUGUCCCCAUUUGGAUGGUACUGGCUUCACUCACGAUGGUACUUUUCAAGAGUAUGCAACCGCCGAUGCUGUUCAAGCUGCUCACAUCCCACCGAACGUUGACCUAGCGGAAGUUGCCCCAAUUUUGUGUGCAGGGAUUACAGUAUAUAAGGCAUUGAAAAGAGCCAAUCUAAUUCCCGGUCAAUGGGUUACUAUUUCUGGUGCUUGCGGAGGAUUAGGCUCUCUGGCCAUCCAAUAUGCUUUGGCUAUGGGUUACAGGGUUAUUGGUAUUGACGGUGGCGAAGCUAAACAACAGCUAUUUAAAGAACUAGGUGGAGAAAUAUUUAUCGAUUUUACAAAAGAAAAGGAUAUCGUUGGUGCCGUCAUCAAAGCCACUGACGGCGGUUCCCAUGGGAUUAUUAACGUGUCUGUUUCUGAAGCAGCCAUCGAAGCUUCAACGAGAUACUGUAGACCCAAUGGUACUGUUGUCUUGGUUGGUAUGCCGGCUCAUGCCUAUUGCAAAUCUGACGUCUUCAAUCAAGUUGUUAAAUCCAUUUCCAUUGUCGGAUCUUGCGUUGGUAACAGAGCUGACACAAGGGAAGCUUUGGACUUUUUCGCCAGAGGAUUGAUUAAAUCUCCAAUUCACUUGGCUAGCCUAUCUGAUGUUCCAGAGAUUUUUGAAAAGAUGGAAAAGGGUGAAAUCGUUGGCAGAUAUGUUGUUGACACUUCUAAAUAA